AUGUCGGAAAAAUCAUUGAAAGCGGCCUCGCCUCCGGACCUCGAGGCCGUCAAUACCGCCACCACGACCAGUUCAUCUCGAUGGGCCUCCCUCUUUGGUGGCAAGAAUGUCGUGGUUGGCUCCCGCAUUGCGCCGAUACCAGACUACCUGAAGAACGAUGAAGCGGAGCACAGCGAAACCGCCUCGGAGAUCCUCGAUCGUCAGCUGGCGGCCGAGGACGGCGCUGCUAUCCAGUACCGCACGUGCUCCUGGCAAAAAACGGCGGCUCUGCUGUUUAGCGAGUACAUUUGCUUGGCUAUCAUGAGCUUCCCCUGGUCGUACCGCUAUCUUGGUCUCAUCCCCGGACUCAUCUUGACAGUCGUUGUUGCCGCCUUUGUUCAGUAUACGAGCCUGAUUUUGUGGAAAUUUUGCCUCCGCCACCCCGAGAUUCGCGAUGUCUGCGAUCUGGGACAGACGCUAUUUUGGGGCAAGGAAUGGGCCUGGUGGGCUACGGCCGUCAUGUUUGUCCUCAACAACACCUUUAUCCAGGGCCUCCACGUCCUGGUGGGAGCCAAGUACAUCAACACCAUGACGGAAAGCGACACCAUUGGUGGCUGCCGCACUGUCGAAUUCUCCAUUUUGGUCACAUUUAUCUGCUGGAUCGGGUCUCUGCCUCGCACCUUUGAAAUGAUGUCAAAGCUUGGCACCGCGUCCGCUGCCUUUACAUUCAUUUCUGUUGUUUUGGCUGCCGUCUUUUCCGCCGUUCAGAGCGGUCCUCCUGCCAAGGCUGGCAGCGGCGACGUCGUCUACGAUUUGUUCCCCAACGCGAGCGUCACUUUCGUCCAGGGCAUGGCCGCUUUCCUCAACAUUAGCUACACCUUUAUCGGACAGAUUACGCUGCCUAGCUUCAUUGCGGAAAUGCGCGACCCUCGUGAGUUUCCCAAGUCACUGUGGGCAUGCACCAUUGCGGAAAUUAUCGUCUUUUGCGUUGUCGGAGCAGUCAUGUACGUCUUUGUUGGCAACAACUACAUGACUGCGCCGGCGUUUGGGUCUCUCCAAGACUUGUACAAGAAGAUUUCAUUCUCAUUUAUGAUACCCACGCUUAUUUUCUUGGGUUGCCUAUACGCAUCCGUCACCUGUCGGUUCGUCUUCUUCCGCGUCUUCCGCAAUUCUCGCCAUCUCAACGACCACACUGUUGUGGGAUGGGGCUCGUGGGCUGGCAUUCUCCUCAUCACCUGGAUCGCUGCCUUUCUCAUCUCGCAGGUGAUUCCUUUCUUCUCGUCGCUUCUCUCGGUCAUGUCUUCUUUGUUUGACAGUUGGUUUGGCUUCAUCUUUUGGGGCGUGGCUUACUUUCGCAUGCGCCAUGUGGAUCGGCAAGACGGAAAGAAGGAGAACAAGAUCAUCGACUGGGCCUCCAACGGCCUCAAUGUGCUCAUCAUUCUCAUUGGUGUCAUGUUCCUGACGGUGGGAACAUAUGCCAGUGUGCAGGGCAUCAUUGACUCGUUUGAGGCGCAUGAGGUGCCCGGUGUCUUUUCAUGUGCUACCAAUGGCUCGUGA